UGUUCACCUUACAAGCUGUUUGACAUUAGUGUUUGAUUUGCCAGACACACGUAAAAAUAAUAAAAUUACGUACAAAAAUAAUCCAAUUUUCCAUUAAAAAUUGUUUACAAUGAUCAUGGAAAACAUAUUGGCUUUAGUGCAGUUCUUUUAUCUAUACUAAAAUAUUUUAAGCGAGUGAUGACGUUGAAUGGGGACUAUGUAACCUUAAAAGUGCUAAACGAAACAAACUUUGCUUUCUCAUUGUUUGAUAAUCAUCGUUAUCUUUGCUGCACAGUGCGUUGAUAUGUCACAUUUCGGAGAUUUUAUGGACGGUGUACCCGUUAAAAUAUCAGAAAAAUAUAAGCGACCGCUGCGAAUCGAUUUACCUUACACUGUAAACGAAUGCCCCAUUAGAACGCAGAAUGUUGUCGACAGCGCUAACUAUUCGUCUACAUUUGAGAAGAACGUUCUUGCUAAACUCAAAGAGCUUAGGAAUGCGAAAGAGACGAAGAAAAAUGAGAGGAGGCACCGUCUGCAGCUGCUGCAGGAGGCGGAACAAAAGAGACUCGACGCGAUAGCUGCCGCCGAGGACGAGGAGCGGCUGAAGCAGCUGAGCGUGUCCGACGUGACGUACCCCAGCACGGACGAGCUCAGCGCGCCCUCGCCGCACGACAAGCCCAAGCACUGUGAUAACACGACGCACGUCGAUAAUACUACCCAUGUAGAUAAUGUCCCUGAACAUGUUAAUGCCUCCACUAACUUUAACUACCCAAACACCAGCAUACCCACUGACUCACAGUUGAACAUUUUACAGCCUAUCCUGGUGAAGGCUCACCAACAAGAGAACAGCCUACUGGAUGAUCCUGAUCCUUUGCAGAACUUAAAAUUAAAUACAAAGAUUACUAGAGUACCACACAACCCUAAUAUAGAUACAUUAACAUUUAGAGACUUUGAGAAUGACACUUCAAGCCCAUUUGAUAAUGUUGAACUGAAGACUAUCAAUGACAUGGAACUGUUGGCACAGGUGCUGCAGGGUCAAAAGGACUCCUCUACUAGUUGUCACCCACAAGCUGGCUAUGCACCAGAACAAGGAUACACAAACUGUGCAACACAAGCACAGAUAGAUGGCAUGACAUAUUUACCAGCUUCAUAUUUAGAACAGCCCCUUCAAGGCCCCAAUAUGAUAUAUAAUUCUCCACAGCACUACCCAUUAUCAAAUGGAUACUAUGUACCAACAGACAAUGAUACAGUCAACAUGUAUAUGCCAAACUAUCCAUAUUAUGCUCCUAACCCUUAUGCUAGUGUGGACCCCUACUAUGGAAAUCAGUUACCAACAACAUCAGGGGAUGUCAGUCAAGUGCCUAAUGGUUCAUCAUACAUUCCACAGCCUUAUUACUUCCAGUAUCCUCACAUGCCAGUUUCAUAUCAGCCUCCAAAUGCAACAGACACUUACACUGCCCCUCAAGUAGCUAACGAAGCAGCCGAGCAAAAUACAGCAAAUACAGGAACACAGAAUGCAGUGAAAUCUAGAUCUAGGAGUGUACCGGACAUUGUAAAGGAAUUGAAUGAAGAGUUGGCUAAACUGAGAACUAGUGAGAGAUCAUACAAUGCUAGUCCCGCUCCUAAAAACCAAGCUGCUCAGGCUGCUAUUAGUGAAAGAAAAGAGGAGAAGAGAGUUAGAAAGAAACCAGAGCAGUUGCCUAAUCCAUUUGACAAAUUAACUCCUAAGUUGCAGGAGAUGUGUAAAAAGAUACAUGGAAUGGGAUUUCCUCUUGACAGGGUAGCCAGAGUCUGUACUCUUGUAGGAGAUAAUGAUAAAAAGGUGAUCGAAGGUCUAUUAAUACUCGGCGAGCUGAUGGAUCUGGGUUUCUCAGAAGGCAAGGUGUCCGCAGCUCUAGCGAAGCACGAAUUUAACAGGGAUAAAGCUUUGGACGCGUUGGUAUCUUAACAGAGUAAGGAAAUCACAACAUACGUAAAGACUCGAAAAGUCGAAAGUCAAACGAUUAUAGAAUUUAAGACGAAGGCAGUAGCCCUUGUUUUUCUAUAUGGGUCAGACUGGUGAAUAAAGAAUGGCGACGACACGGUUAAGGAGUCAGAAAUCGAGGGUUGAUUUUUAUGUGAUGGUAGAUGAGAUACAACCAGGGUUGCCAUAUGUUAAACUCCUGUUGCACUAGACGUACUUUAAAAAACGAAUCUCCUAAGGUUGUAUAUGUAAAUGAUGGUCAAAAUUAAAUAAGUGUGCUGUGUGGCAAGCAAAAGAUCUAAAGGAAGAGUCUUGGAGGUUGGUAACCCUUGAGUGUAUUAUCUCAGUCCUGUGAGUAUUGAAGAAUAAUUACCCUGUAAUGGAAGGCAACAGAGAAGAGAUUCGUGAAGUAUUUCAAGUGUUUUGUAGUUGAAAAAUACUAUAGAAGCAUUAGGUACAGGUAUUAAAGUUAGUCGAAGUCUUAGCGUGAACUUGCCAGCUUAAAAAAAACAUCCUAUAUUGCUAUACUAUAUAAAAAGUAUAUUUUAAAAAGUGUGUCUAUAUAAUUUUAUUCUGGAUUAGUGACAGAGUAAAAGCUUAUGCAUAAACAAUAUUGUGAUAUAGAACUCAUUUGAUAAUAAUUAACUUUAGAUCUAGACCCGGACACGUCCUUCACUGCCUAGGUCAAUCUGACAUAAAACAAUAUAAAGCAACAAACACUUUACUGAAAAUGAAAAAGAAAGCAAUAAAAUAUAGACAUAUAAGGUAGCUUUGUUUUAAAAAGUCUCUGUCUUAGAUUUUUUAUAAAAUGUUAUUAGCUAUUCUUGAGACUUAAACACACCGACUGCAUAUAACACUAUUUAUUUAUUGAAGUGUUACAAUUUGUCUAUCAAUUUAAGAACUGAAUUAUGAAGUAGAUGAAUCGUCAUCAAUUUACUGUAAAAUUUAAUUGAAAGUCGAUGUAUUAGUAAAGUUUUCCGAGAUACUGUCUUGAUGAAAUAUAUUUUCUAAAUAUUUGAUCAGGUGGCUUGGGUUACCAAGCGAUCUAGAUCGACUAUCGUCACUGUUCAAAUUAGUGUUGUAUGUAGGUACUGUUAUUUACAAAUGCAUAAUAUAUCUACUUUUGAGGAAUAUAGAAUUCAUUUUCUCUAGUUUCACUUAAAUUACUGGUAAUUUUCGGACGUUUUAUGGCUGUAGCAGCAAUUACCUUGUAUUAUAGUCUAUUUUUAAUUUAUCGCUCUAAGCAAGAACAACUUUCAAAAUCUGUUGUUUUGAUAUCAAAACAACUGUGUACUGCAAUUGUAGAUUUGAAUCUUUUUACUAUUUCGUAGUAAAAUUAUAAUUGAAAAGUCAUAUCGCCUUCAUAUCUAUUUUCCAAUAACUAUUUUGUAACACUUGUUUUCCUUGUUCCGUUAAUAAAAACGUUGUUGUUAACACUAAUUAAUAUGUGUAAUCGUGUAGGUAACACAACAUAUAAAACGACUUUCUUGUAUUUUAAAAGCGUUUUAUCAAACUUCCAAAAUACUUUUCAUGUUAGAUCGGUGUCCGGAAACGUAUAGAUUUGGGUUACGGUAAAUUAUUUAGAAAUUUCCCCUUCCUUGUUUUUAGCGAUUACUAUCAAAGUAAUAAUAUCUAAUCUGUAUGAUAACAUCUUACACCUUUUGAUAAAGGUUCCUAGAUUUUUACAAGACAGAGCUUUCAGAUUUGUAAAAAGGUAUUCGAUUUUUUUAUAUAAAACUUCAUAAAGUUAAAACUACAUAAUUAACUUUGACACCUGGUGGGCCACGGUCCCGAAAUAACAUGCAGUAGCUUACUCAAACAAUAGGAGUUCUGUUUUAAUUGAAUUGAGAUCGGCUUGGUGCUUUGGAUCCCGACCCUAGCGCUAAUUCUUGCAGUAGUACGAGUUGGGACUCGAUCUUGGUUGCUUUUGAUAGUACCAUCGUAGAAAUAAAUCGAGAACCGAAAUCGAGAAGCUUAAAAAAUGGCACCAAACCAGUUUUAGAAGAAAGCCUACAGGAGAUCACGUAUUGAAAGUAACAUCACAAAUUUCAUACGUGUCUAGUUAUGACAUUACAAAUGAUAUGCAUUUAUAUUUUACUUGAGAUAAAUACAAUGUGAUAAUCAUCAUCAAAUAAUAAAUUCUUUUACUUUAGGGCUUUUAACGUAAUGUUAGCAUUUGUGUAUACGAGCCUUUGAAACACCCUUUUAUUAGAUCCUACUAUUUUAGACCUGUAGACAGUUUGUUUAAAUAUUUUCAAAAUUGCCUUUUGCGAAGCCUUGUGUUUCUUAUAUUUUAAUAAAUUUAUCAAAAAUAUGAUAAAAGAAUUGAUUGUAUUCUUUGAGUGUAUGAUGCGAGUAACUGCCAUUCUUAGACCCUUCUGUAUUCGAGUCUUGUAUUUUAUAUAAUUAUGUUUAUAUUGUAAAUAUCACUAUGUGCAAUUUUGUUAUAUAAUUUAAUUCAUGUAUUACAAUCACAAGACUUCAUAUUAGAAAAUGUUAGCGAAACAAUAUUAAGAUAAAACUUUUAUGAUUCAGUGUACACGAGUUCAUUCUUAAAACUUGUGAGCGAGAGCGUACUGAAACUGUGCGGAUGUGUGUAUAAUGCUUUGAAGAAAUGUUAUAUUUUUACUCCUAAGGAAAAAUUUUAAGAAAAAGAAGCUUAUGUAAAAUACUCUAUUUUUAUUAGCUCGUUGUUUGAAUUUAGCGUCAUUUAAGCUUUGGUAUCAUUUUGAAAAAGUUAGUACUUAUAUUGAUACUUUUCUAUCAAAGCUAGUACUGCUAAUAACGAGCUCUUAAGAAAGAGUAAAAUAAAAGAGAAAGCUAGAUCUUCAAUUGCCGAAGUUGCGUAUUGAAAUUAUAUUGUUUUACUGAAGACAAUAGAAUCUACUGAUGGAGUAGAAAACAAACGAGGAAUUCGAAAUAUAUUUUGCAUGCAUUGACCGGUCCCGUUGUAGCUAUUGGAGUAUUCGUAAAACAGCUUGCGCGGUGACCAAAAUCCCUGGUAAAUAUUAAAAUAAUUCCAAUACUGUAGCAUCCUUGAAACUGAUGAUGAUGAUGAAGUAAAAUGUAUUCACGACAGUUUAUUUUGAAUUUCGCAUGUUCUCUACUCAGACAGUAUUCACUUUUGUCGUAAGUAUUAUACCAUACUAUAUAAUUAUAAAGACUAGAGGUUAUUUACAUUUUACUCUUGGCACGCCUUGUUAAGAUUCCACGUGAGCUCAUACAAAAACCUUCUCGAAACACGAAUUUAUUGAAACUUUUCUAUCAGGGGCUUAUCAGGUUCCUACUAAGACUGUCGAAGGUAAUGAAAGAGACAGCGCUAUAAACCGUGUAGAGCGAUGUCUCGCUUCGACAAUUGAAACAGACCAUAAGACAUGGUAGGAGGCCUCUGAUUUAAAUGAAUUUCCUAUUAUUGCUAAGGUUUUUAUAUGAGAACACGUAAUGCGGUUCACAAUGACGCUUAUAAUAUUUUAUUUUUGUAUGUAGAUAUUAAAAUUACUAAAAAUGUGAAUUGUGUGAACCUUGCUGUGGAGCUCCUUGAUUCAAACGAAGUUUUUAUUUAUUUGUAGAAUAAACACGUUACUAGUAGUAAAUUAUAAGUGAAGGCUUCGGUAGUGUGGAUGGAGAUUUUAUACAUUACUGCUUCACAAACGAAAUGUAUAAAUAAAUUGUUAUUUUCAA